AUGCACAGCUGUUUAUUAUUAUUCUUGCUUUAUGUGUAGCGUCUGCAAAAAUUGUUGUUAAUGGCCACCGCAACGCAGUGCCCGAGCACAUCCAAUGCCACUACCACAGAUGCUAGUAAUGGAUUGCUCUCGGCGACCGUGAUAGCUGGCUUAAAGAACUUGGGCACUUCUCUAACAGCGACCAUAAGCAAAACGUUAAUUGCCAAUUCAUUAAAAUUAACGCUUCAUCCAGAUGCAAUUAUAGCACCAGUGCCCGAAAUUUACGCCUCGAACGCAGCCAGCGCCAAACAGAGCGAAUAUGCUGUGGUCACACUCUACGCCGUGGCCACAAAACAUGGUUGGGACAGUGUGACGCUGCGUCAGCAAUUGGAAACACUGUCCAUAAAUGCCAUCGCCAUUGAUGAACUGACACGAGUCUACGAGGACAAUCGCAAGGAUCUAGUGCUGCGUCAACUGCAGCUGGGCCACAGUUUUCCGCACAUCACCGACGUGCAGUGGCGCAUUGUCUGCGAUGUGAAAUCCUCAACAUCAGACUCUAGCAGCGGUGCUCCACAUUUCCACAUCAAUUUGGGACAGUAUCGCCAGAGCAGCGGGGAACGCGUGUCUAUUGUGGAGUUCGUGUGCAAUGCCGAGGAGCUGCAAUCGCUGAUAAAUCGUCUAAAGGAUAUUGAAAGACACUGCAAUCAGGUGGCCAUUACGUAGAAUUAAUAAAUAAGUGUAUGGAAAUCAGUUCA